AUGUUCUACCCAGCAGAGCCUAAUGGGCCUGGCCAGCCUCCAAACAAACGGCGCAAGGGUCACAGCGAAGAGCAGGGCUCGAGCUUCACGGAUAGUGCAUCCGACAAAAAUCACCUAAUCCCUGGUCGGGUUAGCUUGAUCUCGCACGAAAAGAUGCGCAAGCUUGUGGCACAACAUAUCUCACAGCGUCUUCCCGACUGUGAUGAGGUUUUUCCUUGGCUACAUGGCUACUCGGGUGCAACAAACCCACCUCACAGUUGUCAGUGGUUAGCUGUGAUCCGAUCACAACCUCUUUCGCAAGGCCUAAUUGAAAACUCAGGCCUUCUCAAAUCAUCGCUAGAUCCGCAUGAGUUCUUAAUGACGCUCGAACCUCGAAAGCACCACCUAGAAUCGCUGCUGAGUAACGUGGGAGGCAUUCUCAACCUCACUUCCGCUGAGAUCAAAAUACUGACUUCAGCGUGCGAGCGCCACAAGCUUCUCCCCUUUCUCAUCUCAGAUGCAAAAGCCCAAAGUUGGUUUGGCGUUGGCGCAAAUAAGCACUCUGUGGGCAAAUCUUCCUCAAAACACGACCCCCCUCGAAAUUGGAAACAGCCGGGAAUGUUUCGUCGCUUCGACCUUCAAGUGGCCAAAUUUGUCGAGAUGAGCCGGAACUGCGUUGUAUAUUGUCUUGACCAGACCACACACUACACUUCAUGCCCAUGUUGCGGGCUAGCUCUUCUAAUUCAUGUGGCACGUCGCAUUGUUGAUCCUAAAGGCAAUUUUCGGAUCAGUGUACUUGAUUCAACGCAAAUAGACCCUGAAUGGUGGGGCACUCCACCUAUGAAAGUCAAUGCCCUAAAGAAAGUGCAUAACUCUCAACUAGCAUCAGACUUUGACGUUGCAUCAUUUAAUAAUUGGGACCGAGACCUAUUUUAUCGCGAGCGAUUAGAAAUUUCCAAGAUGUCAAGCGCGUCUUGCAUAAGCGCUGAUGCUUCGGUGUGGUGUGGUAAUUCGACCGAUUUCGAAAUAUACAGACUUUACAAUGGAGACGCAAUGAACGCUAAACCUGUUAACGCGUCUGUGACGAGCCCGGAUACAGUUGUGACACUGCCAAAUCUUCGCUCAAGUAAUGAUGAUGAGUUAAUCGACACGCAGCUUUUUAAUCUGCCGCGCCCUUCUAAGCCUUGGAGGCUAUUCCUUCAUUGUUCCGAGUCUAGCUGUCUGCCAGAAUUAUCAAAAGUUACAUCGCUCAUAGAGCACGUUCAAAGGAAAACGCCACUUGCGCAGACUCUGAUUUCGUUUCCCAAUUCUGGAUCUAUAGGGCUGGGAAACCUGAAUUUAGACUCGAUCAAAGUGAUAUUAAAUAUGUGCCUUUUACUUUACAGUGUGGGGAAGCACACAAACUGUGGGAGUUUGAUUUACUGUUCCGACGGGUACACUGAAACUUCAUUUCUUUUGGUUGCGUUCUUGAUUUUUGUGUGGGAUCAACCGUUAGACAAGGUUCUCGUAAGGCUGCAUGGUGAAGUAAAUAGGCCCUUCUUCCUAUUUCCAAUUGACCUGCAAGUUCUUGGGCACCUGCAGAUUCUUUUACGGGAACAAAGCCCCAGGAGAACGGAGCCUGAAAGCUCCAGCCUAGAUGUCGACCCUGAACUGUUCAGUAAAAUGUUUUUUACAAAAGUCAGUGACAACCUUAACUUGCUCCAGCUCAAGGGCCCGCUUCCAUCAAAAAUACUGCCCCAUCUUUAUUUAGGGUCUCUCGAGCACGCUCAAAACCCGAAACUUUUACAAGAAAUAGGCAUCAAAAAUAUUGUUUCUGUGGGCGAAACGAUGCCUUGGCUUCUUGCUGCUAUUUCGCGUAAAAGAAGCCUUACGGUUAGUGACAUAAAUGAUCAGAAGACAUGCACAAGGCCCUCGAUAAGCUCUGCCUCGUCAGCAUCCCAGAUCCCGUCCCUUCAAGGAAGCUUUCUUAAGCGAGAAAACGGUUGCGCUAUCAUCGAAGAAAAUGGGUUUCGCGUUUUACAUAUAACUAACCUUGAUGACAAUGGUGAGGAUCACUUGCUUUCUCAGUUGGAUGAAGUUUUGAGCUUCAUUGAGGAGUGCUACAAUCGCCAGGAAAAGGUUUUAGUUCAUUGCAUGGUUGGCGUGUCGCGAUCUGCCACGGUGUGUAUUGCGGAAUGCAUGAGGCGGCUCAACUGCGACGUCCUACGCGCAUACUUGUAUGUGCGCGUUCGUCGUCUAAACAUUAUCAUUCAGCCCAACUUGAUGUUUGUUUAUGAACUGUGCAAGUGGCAAGAGACGCACGGAAGGCCGUCGCACGUUGAUUGGCAUAUAAUUUGCCGUGCAAUAUCAGAGUUGAACAGUGUUUAUUUUUAG